AUGUUAUUCGACAAGGAUACUAAGAAAUUAACAGCUAUCCUUGACUUUGACUGGUCUUACAUCUCCAACCCUCUUGACGAGUUCAUGUGUAGCCUUCAAGACGUCGGUGGGAAUAUACGCCAAGAGGAUAAGGAGAUCGAGGCGGCAAUCCUCUCUGGAGACUUUACAUGGCCACCCCCUAACCUAGAUAAGAAAUCCGUCGAGCAGUGGCAAGUUGCCAAGGCGUGGAAUACGGCAAUAAAGAAGUGUGGGGUGGUGUCUCCGUGUUAUAUUCGUAGUGUGGACGAGAUCCGCAAUCUCCUCCACUUGCAAGCACUACUUUGUCCAUAUAAACUUGGCAACGAAUCCAUUCUCAAGCAGUUUGACGAUAAGAAACGAGCAGAGAUGCGGGUAAAUACGGAAGCGGAAUUAAUACAGUGGCUAGAGAAGCAUGGUUUUUAG